UCCGGCAACAUGGACGUGAAUUUAUUUGUCUUACUAGUUCUAGUUGCUAAAGUUUCCUCUCAAAAUGAAUCAUGGGCAAAUAACGUGGAAAACUUUUUUAAAGAUCAAACCAAUAAAGUGAGUUCAUUUUUCAACGAACAACAGCGUAGUUUUGAAGCAGCUGUAAAUUCUAGUUACGAAGAGGCAAAACGUGUUCAGGAUUCAGUGAAUGAGUAUUUCGAAGAACAGAAGAGAGUGAUUGACGAAGAAGUUAAUGCAUACGUUGAAGGUGUGAAAGCAACUGGCAGAGAAAUUGCAGACACAUGGUCUUACGUUCCAGAUACAGUUCAGAGAGAUGUCAAGAAAGUGGAUAUAUCAGACCAGUAUCUAACUAUACCGGCAAUCAUUUCACGCAACGGUUACAUUUGCGAAACGCACACAAUCCUAUCUAAAGGAUACUUCUUAAAUAUCCACAGAAUUCCUCGAAAUAAACAGGCUAGUCAAGUUUCUUCUAAAACCGUAUUUCUUCAACACGGAAUAUUCGGAAGCUCUGCAGACUGGAUAAUAAAUGGCCCUGAUAAAGCUUUGGGAUAUGUUUUAGCAGAUGCAGGAUACGAUGUCUGGAUGGCGAAUAUAAGAGGAAACAGAUAUUCUAGACAGCACUCUUGGUGGGACAUUAAUUCAAAAGAGUAUUGGAACUUUUCAUGGCAUGACGUGGCAAUGUAUGACGUGCCGGCUAUAAUAGAUUAUAUUAACAAAGUGAAAGAUGGUGACGCGCAAAUUUCUUAUAUCGGACACUCGAUGGGUACCACCAUUUUGUUUACCAUGUUGUCAGUCCGACCAGAGUACAAUAAUAUUUUGCGUGGUGCUAUCGCUCUAGCCCCUGUUGUGUUCACAUCUGAUGUCAAUUCAUCAUUAACCUCCCUAGCUCCGAUGGCGAGUAAUGUUGCAUAUAUGGCGAUGACGUAUGGUUCGCAUGAAUUUAUUCCUAAAGAAUCCUUCUUGGGUGGUCUUCCUAAAGCCUGUGAUAUAACACAUAUAGAUAAGUUCAUAUGCAAUCAUAUUAUAUUCAAAAUUUGUGGAUACGAUGAAGGACAAAUGAACAGCACAAUUCUGCCGAUAUUCCUAGCGCAUUUAGGAACUGGCACGUCAUGGAAGACUGCUGUACAUUUCGCACAGGAAAUAGUAGCUGGAGGUAAAUUCCAGCAAUUUGAUUACGAUACGUAUUAUAAUAAAAAGGUUUAUGGCACUGAAAAACCUCCGGAAUAUGAUUUGAGUAAAGUAACAUUGCCGAUUUCGUUGUUUUGGGCACAAAACGACUUGUUGUCUAGAGAGAAAGAUAUAAUAAAGUUGCGUAGUAAAUUGCCAGAAUCAACACAAACGUACAUGGUGCCGUACUCGGAGUUCAAUCAUUUGGAUUACAUAUGGGCAACCGAUGUGCAUACGCUGGUGAACGAGAAGGUCCUAUCCACUUUGGAGAGUAUAUUUGGAAAUGACCGCAGAAUCCUUAAAUUCAACUUUGGAUUUUAGUUAGUAUAUAUUAGUGACUAAUUUUUAUUUAGCAAAAAUAUAAGUUAUAAUUAUGUUUUCUAUAUUACAUA